AUUAGGUGGAUAUUGUUGCUACAAGAAUUCCAUUUAGAGAUUAGAGACAAGAAAGGAGCGGAAAACUUGGUAGCGGAUCAUUUGUCAAGAUUGGUGAAUGAAGAAGUAACAAAUAAAGAAGAAGAGGUUUUGGAAUCAUUCCCGGAUGAAAAGUUGUUCAUGAUGGAAGAAAGGUCGUGGUUUGCUGACAUGGCUAAUCACAAGGCAUCGGGUUGGAUGCCGGAAGAUUGGAGUAAAAGUGCAACAAAGAAGUUCCUUCAUGAUGCCAAAUUCUAUGUGUGGGAUGAUCCAUACUUGUUCAAAAUUGGUGUGGAUGGUGUGUUAAGGAGAUGUGUGACAAGGGAAGAAGCAAUGAAAAUCUUUUGUGACAAUUGUCAAAGAAGUGGUGAAGUGAGCAAAAGGAAUGAAAUGCCAUUGACAAACAUGUUAGAAGUGGAAGUGUUCGAUUGUUGGGGAAUAGACUUUGUAGGACCAUUUCCUUCGUCUUUUGGGUGUGAGUAUAUUUUGGUUGCGGUUGAUUAUGUUUCAAAGUGGGUGGAAGCAAUAGCAUGUCCGAAAGCGGAUGGAAAGACCGUAAUCAAGUUCUUGAAGAAAAACAUUUUUACAAGGUUUGGAACACCAAGGAUUCUCAUUAGUGAUGGUGGCUCACAUUUUUGCAACACACAACUUGAAAAAGUCUUACAACAAUAUGGUGUGAAGCACAAAGUAACCACGGCCUAUCAUCCACAAGCUAAUGGUCAAGCCGAAUUCUCCAACCGAGAGAUCAAAAGAAUCUUGGAAAAAACUGUUUCUUCAUCAAGAAAGGAUUGGUCACAAAAGUUGGAUGAUGCUUUAUGGGCUUACCGUACGGCAUACAAGGCACCGAUUGGUUUUACUCCGUUUCAAAUGGUUUACGGGAAGAGUUGUCAUUUACCCGUGGAAUUGGAGCAUAAGGCAUUUUGGGCCUUGAAGUUGCUUAACUUUGAUCCUAAGGCAAGUGGUGAAAUGAGAAGAUUGCAAUUGCUUGAGAUGGAAGAAUUGCGAUUACAAGCCUAUGAAUCCAACAAAAUCUACAAGGAGAAAGUGAAGGGAUAUCAUGAUAAAAAGAUUGUGGAGAAGGAGUUCAAUCUGGAUGGAUAUUCCGGAUACAAUCAAAUCGUAGUCAACCCAGAAGAUCAUGAGAAGACAGCAUUUACAUGUCCAUUUGGAAUCUUCGCAUAUAGGAGGAUGCCAUUUGGACUAUGCAAUGCCCCAGCAACCUUUCAACGAUGCAUGCAAGCCAUAUUCUCUGACCUUAUUGAAAAGAGUAUUGAGGUAUUCAUGGAUGACUUUUCAGUGUUCGGAAAGACAUUUGAUACAUGCCUGAAUAAUCUGGACGUGGCACUUGAAAGGUGUAUUGAGACCAACUUGAUUCUUAAUUGGGAGAAGUGCCAUUUUAUGGUAACAGAAGGAAUUGUACUCGGACACAAAGUAUCUUCAAGGGGACUUGAAGUAGACCAAGCCAAGGUGGAGGUAAUUUCAAAACUCCCACCUCCAAUCAAUGUCAAAGGAGUACGAAGCUUUUUAGGUCAUGCAGGAUUCUACAGAAGGUUUGUUAAAGAUUUUUCCAAGAUUGCCAAGCCUUUGAGUAAUCUACUCAACCAAGGUACGUGUUUUAAUUUUGAUGAAUCUUGUGUUAAAGCCUUCAAUGACCUGAAAGAAAGGCUAGCCACCGCACCUGUGAUAGUAGCACCAGAUUGGAAAAACCAUUUUGAACUGAUGUGUGAUGCUAGCGACUAUGCCAUAGGUGCGGUGUUAGGCCAACGGAAAGGAAAAUUUUUUCAUGUCAUACACUAUGCAAAUGGUUAUUCAGGAUACAAUCAAAUAUCAGUGAAUCCGGUGGACCACGAGAAAACUGCCUUUACAUGUCCUUUUGGCGUUUUUGCAUACCGAAGAAUUCCAUUUGGACUAUGUAAUGCUCCUGCAACAUUUCAAAGGUGCAUGCAAGCUAUCUUCUCUGAUUUGAUCGAGAAAAGCAUCGAGGUGUUCAUGGAUGAUUUUUCUGUGUACGGGUCGUCAUUUGACUUGUGCUUGAAAAACCUUGAUGUGGUGAUGGAAAGAUGUAUUGAAACAAAUUUGGUUCUCAACUGGGAGAAGUGCACUUUCAUGGUAACUGAUGGGAUAGUCCUUGGCCACAAGGUAUCUUCAAAUGGGCUUGAGGUCGAUCCGGCAAAAAUCGAAGUUAUUGAAAAGCUUCCCCCUCCGGUGAAUGUGAAAGGCAUAAGGAGCUUCUUGGGACAUGCUGGGUUUUAUAAAAGAUUCAUCAAGGAUUUCUCCAAGGUCGCAAAGCCUUUGAGUAAUUUGCUCAACAAAGGUAUGGAAUUUAAUUUUGAUGAAUCAUGUCUAAAAGCUUUCCUAGAACUCAAAGAAAAUUUGACCACCACACCCAUAAUUGUCGCUCCUAAUUGGUCGCUUGAGUUUGAACUCAUGUGCGAUGCUAGUGACUAUGCGGUUGGUGCGGUCUUAGGCCAAAGGAAGAACAAACAUUUCCAUGCUAUACAUUAUGCGAGCAAAGUUUUAAAUGAGGCACAGGUAAACUAUGCCACUACCGAAAAAGAAUUGCUCGCAAUUGUGUUUGCAUUGGAGAAGUUUCUUUCUUACUUUAUUGGUUCUAAAGUGGUGUGUUACACUGAUCAUGCCGCAAUCAAAUAUCUUCUCACCAAGCCUGAUUCAAAACAGAUGGGACCAAAAUUCUUAGGCUCUAAGAAGCGAAAGACCGAAACCGAAGGUGGCAGUUCUUCUCAAGCACCUAGGGCUAUUCCGUUUGAUCAGAACCGUUUUAAGGGACCUGUCCAAGAGGCAAGAUGCAAGAAAUUAGAGGCUAGGACAUGGUGGCCUGAGCGGAUUUUUCACUUGGAAAUUGUUAGAGAGUUUUAUGCUAAUGCUUUGCCAAAUGAGGAAUUUCCUGUGGAAGGUGUGCCUUAUGAGUUCAAAACUUGGGUGCAUGGUAAGGAGAUUGAUUUUUCUCGUCAGGCUAUCCGGGAAUUUCUUGGAACUCCAUUGCCUUUUGAGGAUGGUGAGCUUUGUGGUUAUCAUGUGCAGUUGGCACGUGGUCAUUUUGAUUUUGAGCAGUUUAGGGAGGUUUUGUGCAUGAGUGGCCAUACUUAUGAUCUUAAUCCUUCAGGGCAGCCCCUGAAGUUCCCUAGAAAAGUGUUGACUACUAAUGCUCAGGUUCUCAUGUCGGUGGUCCUUCAUAAUUUGAGACCUAGGAGUCACACUUCCUCUUUGCCUGCUGAGUCUGUUGCUUUGGUUGCUCCCAGGUUGACUGCUGUUUCUGUUGCUGCUGCUCGCCCUGCUCGCCGUCGUAGUAAUCCUGAUAGAGAGGAGAACUUGGUCAUGAGUGAUCGGUUUGAGUGUGUCGUACAUCAUGGGGGUGUGUUUACUGAGUUCAAUAGGUUAGGUUAUGAUGGGUUAGAGGAGAUUUGGGGGGUUGACCCGGAUUAUUGGAGUUAUUUCGAGGUUAUGGAUAGUUUAAAAGAACUAGGGUACCCAAAAGUAGAUAGUUUGUGGUAUUACGAUGCAAUGGAUGACAAUGAGUUAGUGAUGUUGAAUGACGACACAGGAACAACUAGAAUGAAAGUUAUUGCAUUGAUUAAUGGGAAUGUGCAUCUAUAUGUCAUGCAUCCGGUUGAAGCAGAAGCUGAAGUAAUUAAUGAGGAUGUGGAUGAAUUGAAUAAUGCUGCUAUAGUAGGAACUUUUGAUGAGUUAGGGACCAUUGAAGACUUGAAUAACCUAGGUGACAAUGUUGAUGAAGGAGGGCCCACUGGUGUAGAAGAAUCAGCCAACCAAGAAGAUCCUUUUGGGGAAUUUAAUAAGGAUGGGACCACUGGGAACUCAAAUGAGAAUGUUAACUUUGAGGGGGACAUUGUGUCUGUUGAUGCUAUAGUGGAUAUCACUUUAGAUGGGACCACUGAGGCUGUUGAAUUUGACCAAAUAGCUGAGGGACUAGUUGGUAACCACAAUGAUACAGAAGGACUAAAUAGUAACAAGGAAUCUGAGGAGAAGGGCAAAGGUGCCAAGAAACCCAAAGUUGGAAGACCAAGAAAACAAAAGGUGGUGGAAGAGGAAGUUGAAGGUAAUGGUUUAUUUGAUGAUGAUUGUGAAGCUGAGGUUAAUAAACAGAACUUUAGAGGUUUGAGUGAUUCUGAGGAGUAUGAUACUGAUGAGUUACCACUUGACUAUGAUAGUGAAGAUGAUGAGGUUAUAAGAGAUGAUUUUCCAACUUUCAAACUUCCCAAAAAAAUGGAUGAUUACAAAUGGGAAUUAGGGACUUAUUUUGCUUCUAGUGAAGACUUUAAAGAAGGAAUUAGAACUUAUGCCAUACACUCAGGUAGAAAUCUCCAAUUUAAGAAAAAUGAUAGCAAGAGAAUGAGAGUCAUAUGUAAGCAAGGAUGUCCAUGGGAGUCAUAUUGUGCAAGAUUAGCAGACAAAAAGACAUGGCAGCUGAGAAAGAUUGUUGACAAUCACACAUGUAGCAGAGACUAUAAGGUUAGGUUUUUGAAUUCCAAAUGGUUGGGCAAAAAAAUUACCAGUACUGUGAGAGAGAAUCCUGACUUGAAGCUGAGGGAUAUCAUGGAGAAAACAAAACAAAAGUGGAAUAUAGGGAUCAAUAAGACACUUGCAUACAGAGCUAAGUCAAUUGCAGUUGACAUUGUAGAUGGUUCUUUUAGGGAUCAAUAUACAAGAAUCCAUGAUUAUGGACAUGAGCUUUUAAGGUCCAACCCUGGUUCAACUGUGGUUAUUAGUAGUCAACCUUGCCAACCAAGUCAAGGUGGAGAGGACAACACUGAGAAUAUUGAUAGGCCUUUGAAUCCACACUUCCAAAGGAUGUAUAUCUGCUUCAAAGCUUGCAAGGACAGUUUCUUCAAGUGUAGACCUAUUAUAGGUUUGGAUGGAUGUUUUUUGAAAGGCUACUAUGGGGGACAAAUCCUUGCAGCAAUUGGGAGGGAUCCUAAUGAUCAAAUGCUGCCCAUAGCAUAUGCUGUAGUUGAGGGAGAAACCAAAGAAUCUUGGAGCUGGUUUUUGGAAUUAUUAACAACUGAUUUCGGAGGUGUCAGAAUAUGCAAGACAUACACAUUUAUAAGUGAUCAACAGAAGGGUUUGUUACCUGCACUUGAAGAGUUGCUACCAGGAGUUGAUCAAAGGUUUUGUGUUAGGCACUUAUAUAGCAAUUUCAAGAAGAAGUUUCCUGGUGUCAAAUUAAAGGAGUUGAUGUGGAAGGCUGCCUAUGCAAGUCAUCCAAAUGCUUGGGAGAAAAUUAUGAGACAGAUUAAAGAUGAGAAUCCAGAUGCCUUUAAUCACAUUUGGAAGAUCCCACCUAGGUUUUGGAGUAAAUCAAUGUUUAAGAGUGGUCCAAAAUGUGACACUUUGGUGAAUAAUAUGUCUGAAGCAUUUAACUCUGUCUUUGUAACUGCAAGAGCCAAGCCCAUUGUGACUAUGCUUGAAGAGAUUAGGGUGUAUCUGAUGAUGAGAUGGGAGUCUAACAGGAAAAGGAUUGCAAAAUAUAAUGAUACUAUUCUGCCCAAUAUCAGAAAGCAGUUGGCAAAACAAUCUCAGCUGACUAACUAUUGGAUGGUUAGGCGUGCAGGUGAGGUAGAAUAUGAGGUUAGGCACAUAACAAUCAUAGAAGAAAAGUAUUCUGUGAAUCUGUCAAAGCAUGAAUGUUCAUGUAGAAUAUGGAUGCUGACUGGGCUACCAUGCUGUCAUGCAUAUGCAUGUUUGAAGGAUCAACGAUUAGAAGUAGAUGAUUUUGUUCCUGAUUAUUACAAAAAGGAGUGCUAUGAAGCAUGCUAUACUCCUGUGAUAUAUCCGGCCAAUGGAGCUACUCUUUGGACCAAGACAGAUGCUGUUGACCUACAACCACCUCCUAUAAAAAGACAACCUGGUAUACCCAAAAAGAAAAGGAACAAAGAGGCUGGGGAACAAGUAAGAAGUGCAACACAGCUUAAAAGGGCAAAGUUUGGCAUCAAGUGUAGUAGGUGCAAUAAGGAUGGCCACAACAAGGCCACUUGCAAGUUGCCACCAACUGUGACUACUACUCCAUCAAGCCAACAAACUGAGACAACUACUCCACCAAGCCAACCAGCUGCAACCACUGCUCCAUCAAGCCAACCAGCUGCUACCACUGCUACACCAACUACAAAUGUUUCUUCUGCUACACCAACAACAAGUUCAUCUCAACAACCACCCAAAAAGAAAAAGAGACUUCAAAAGGGUCCCAAAAAGCAAGUUGCAAGUCAGCCCUAA